CACUGAUGCACACUGAUAGGCGGCACUGACUGGCACUGAUAGGUGGCACUGAUUGGCAGCACUGAUAGGUGGCACUGACUGGCAUUGAUAGGUGGCACUGAAAGGCAGCUCAGAUGGGCACUGAUAUGUGGCAUUGAUGUGGCACUGAUGGGCACUGAAAUGUGGCACUGAUGUGGCACUGGCACGUGGCAUGGAUGAGCACAGAGCUGGCACUGAUGGACACUGACAGGUGGCGCUGCUGGGGCUACACAGAUCAUCAGGGCACACUGAUCAUCAGUGCUCUGAUGGAGCUGUCAGCGUGACAGCUCCUGAGGAG